GCCACUUGCACACACCGACACACUUCUUGCUUGCUUUGCGACACGGUAGCGCUCAGAAGAAGAAGACUGAGGAGGAAUAUCACCGAGACAAACUUCCAUUGUGGACUACACUUGGAUUUGUUUCUUCUGGAGAGGAUAAUAAACUAGCGCAACAUGCCCGUAACCAGGAUGAAGAUGAGGCCGUGGCUGGAGAGGAAGAUCAACUCCAACACCAUCCCUGGUCUGACCUGGAUAGACAAGGAGAAGACCACGUUCUCCAUCCCGUGGAAGCACGCAGCUCGACACGGCUGGGAUAUGGACAAGGAUGCUUGUCUCUUCAAGGAGUGGGCCAUUCACACAGGGAAAUACGGGGAGAGGGGAUCCCGCGACGCCAAAACCUGGAAGGCCAACUUCCGCUGUGCGAUGAACUCGCUCCCUGACAUCGAGGAGGUGAAGGACAAGAGCGUCAACAAGGGACAGUCGGCCAUGCGCGUCUUCCGCAUGUUGCCCAUGACGCAGAAGACGAGAGAAAAACGCAGCAGAGUCAAGUCCAGGAAGCAGGUGAAGAUGUCGGAGGAGGACACGGACUGCAGCGACACGCAGUCGCCGCCCGCCCCGUCGCAACUGCGGGUCGACACCGCGUCCGCUCAGGAGAACGUGGUGGACAGCACGGUGGACAUGGGGGUUCGAGAUUACACCAACUCGUCAUUCGACCUUCCCGACUUGACGUUUCCUGCCGAGAUGGUGGCGGAACGCCUGCAGGACAACUUCCACAACCAUUUCCAAAUUUCACCCGAUCACAGCCCAGACUAUGAAUACGACAUUGUGGAGAUUUCCAAGCAACUGGAGAGAGAGUUGCAAAACCUCACCAUGAACAAUUUAGCAUCGACCAGCCCGGGGAGCCACUGGAGCGACAAUUCCUCAGACUGCGCACAGUCAGUCCGAACAGUCGACGAAGUAGACGACUUGCAGUACACCACGCUGGGCCAGGACUUCACGCACACGGCGGACAUCUUCCUCGAGUUCAGCCCCAGUUUCUAUUUGGACAUGUGAGGUUUGCAGUUUGAAGGACUGGUGAGACCACUCUGAAGACUGUUGACUUCACCAGCUCAGGAAACCAAAGCUGCAUCAGCGGUGGUAAAGGUCCCAUGAGGUUCUGGUGUUGUAUCCAUUCAGCUUUACCCACAUUCCUUUUUGGACCUGGAAAAGCUACUUUGCAGUCCCAUAACUUGUCCUAUGGGCUACGUUAGCCGUCUGGAAUGGAUCUUGAAGGACACAAAUGGUACUUUUGUGUGGUUUCAACUCAUCUCCAAGCUGAAGUCUGUUAUUGUUAUCGAUCCUGUCUUCCAUUCAUCAACCUAAAUCUUACUCAGUGCACACGUUAUUCUCACCCAUUGUAGCAAACAUUUAACAUUUGGUCCACACUUUAUGUAAAAGUUGUAAAUGUACGUGUAUAUAGUUGGAUUUUGUGUGUGUAUCUGUUUUUUUAAAAAAUAAAAACAAAACAA